AUGAACCAUCACUCUGCAGGCUUCUCCUACUAUGCUAAAGCCACAUCUCUCACACCCGAAUACUACCAGACCCUGCUGGACCACUAUUGGAGGCGCUCCGGGACGACCCUCUACCGGCCGGAUCAGCUCCAUGCGUGUUGUGUUCACUAUACCCUCAGGCUGGACUCCACUCAGUUCAAGCCCACCCGAGAUCAGCGUCAGACGAUCAACCGCUUCAACAAGUUUCUAACGGGAGAGGCUUACACGAAGGAGGCGGCUCGUCUCCACCCACUGACACGUGAGCAGGCGAGGAAGCGGGAUUCCGAGUUUGAUCUGAUCGAGAGGGUUCACGAGGCCGAGUACGACUCGCUGCAAAUGCCUCCCGAGCCUGCUCACGUCUUCACUGUCACACUGGAGCAUGACAACUUCACUGAUGAAAAAUAUAUGGUUUACGAAAACUAUCAGCGCGUCGUUCACAAGGAGCAGCCUGGAGAAAUUUCCCGGCGUGGCUUCCAACGUUUUCUGUGCGAGUCUCCCGUCGAGCGCAAGACAAUCACGACGGCCGAUGGCAAGGAGAAACGCCUCGGCUCCUUUCAUCAGUGCUACCGAUUGGAUGGCAAAUUGGUGGCCAUCGGCGUUUUGGAUCUGCUUCCCCACUGCGUCAGCGCCGUGUACUUCCUCUACCACGAGUCCAUCCACAAGUAUGCUCCGGGAAAGCUAGGCGCUAUUCGUGAGAUCGCUCUGGCACGCGAAGGUGGCUAUCGUUACUGGUAUCCCGGCUUCUAUAUCCACACGUGUCCCAAAAUGCGGUACAAGAUGGACUACACACCGCAGUACAUUCUGGACCCAGAGACGUUGACUUGGGACCUGGUGGACAAACGAGUUACGGGCCUUCUAGACAAGAAGCAGUACCUAAGCUUGUCCAAAGAGAAGCUGGAUAGUCCUAGAAAUGAUGGUUUCAAGGAAACCGCAGAAAGGACCACAGAAGGCAGCGAGCUUACCGGAGAAACCCCCAUGAACGAUAGCGACGACGAUGAUGUGGAUACUUUCCUCUUCAAUACAGGCAUGCCGGGUGUCAUGUCUCUCGAUGAGAUCCGUUCCUUCGAUCAGAUGGACCACCUCAAGUUGCGUAUAGACGGCUCCGGCAUGCUCUUUGAGACAGGCGAUUUGGUGGCUUGGCAGCGUCAGGAUGUUGGGGCCAGCGGGUCUUUGAAAGCCGGCAUCGCGGAGUUGGUGGCGGCUUUGGGGCCCGCUUUGGUGAAUGAUCUGGUGGUGGACUUUUGGAAUCCCCGUCUGUGA